AUGACACAGUUAUUCAUGGCUUCGCCAAAUCGCUGUAUUCCGCUUCUUUUCUUUUUUCUCCUGCUUUUCCCUUUGUGUUUCAGCGAUGGCGAACAAAAUGCUGCCCCAACAACAGAUACUGAAACGGAGACUGGCAUGGAAGCUAGCACCACCGCCACUGCCACCACCACCGCAGAUAUAACCUAUCAUCAUGGGUGUCUGUUGUCCGGAAACGUAGACCUAGUUUUCGUAUGGUAUGGUCAAUUUGGCCGUGCCCAAAAGAAUAUUCUUAGAACAUUUGUUAAAUCCUUGAAUUAUAAUGCAGCUGCUAAUUUACAGCCGCAAGUGUCCGAAUGGUGGAAAAUUGUUGAGAGCUUUCAAGAAGUUGCCGGUAAAGGUAACGGCCGUCUCAACGUUAGAGUCGUCAGGCAAAUAACCGAUGUCAAUAACUCAGUGGGAAAAGCUCUUGCUAUGGAUACUGUCAAGCCUCUCAUACAAAAAGCAAUCGCAGAAAACCCUAAAGCAUAUCCAGUUAUUUUCACUGCUAAGGACGUCACCAUGCAAGGCCUGUGCGCCGGCAAAUGCUCACUGCGUGGAGUUUAUGAAAAGACUCCAUACAUUGUAGUGGGGAACCCAGAAGUUCAAUGUCCCGGAGCUUGUGCAUGGCCGUUCCAUAAGGCAGACACUGGACUAGUAGGCAUGACAUUGAACCCACCAAAUGGCAAUGUGGGUGCAGAUGCUAUGGUUAUUGCCUUUGCACAGGGACUAGUUAAUCUUGUGACCAACCCAGAAGAGUCUGGGUUCUACCAAGAGAAGGAGAAAAAUAAAAUUGAGGCUGGUACAGCUUGCAAAGGUGUUUUCGGAAAGGGAGCAAUGGCUGGCUAUGCCGGAAAAAUAAGAAUCGAUCCUUCUACUGGUGGUGGUUUCAAUGCCCAUGGAUCGGGAGGCAAGAAGUUCUUGCUCCCAGCUGUAUGGAAUCCCAAAACUAAAGCUUGCUGGACCCUGAUGUAAUAUACAUUAUUAACAUUACUAAUUUCUUUCCUGGCUUGUUGAUUUACUUACCCUUUUUUAUUGUAGAUGAACAAAAACAAAAACAAAAACAAAAAAAUGUUAUUAAGGUUCGAUCUAUUUGAUGAAUUGAUGCAAUAGGUCUUUUUAUUUC